GCAUAAGUAGGUUUAAAAACACUAACCCUUGCACUCCUGUUCUGCUUCUCUCUUUCUCGCUCGCAAGCAAGGCAGUCAAUCCAAGCCAUUGAAGCCGUUCAACAUGAGCAGAUCAGGACAGCCACCAGAUCUCAAGAAGUACAUGGAUAAGAAACUUCAAAUCAAGCUGAACGCAAACAGGAUGGUGGUCGGAACACUUCGUGGAUUUGAUCAGUUCAUGAAUUUGGUGGUUGACAACACUGUGGAGGUGAAUGGUGAUGAGAAGAAUGACAUAGGCAUGGUGGUGAUCAGAGGAAAUAGUGUUGUCACCGUUGAAGCGCUAGAACCUGUAAACAAAACACAGUGAUUAUGGCUUUUUAUUAGUGCUAAUGACAUAGCUUCGAGCGCUGUAUUUUGGCUAAUAUGGCUACUUGUAGUUAUUGGAUGUAAGUGAUUCUAAAUUUGCAGAUGCGAGAAAGCGUGGACCUAUUAGUUUACUGGUACUUUUGAUUGCUAGAAAUAUAUGAGCUUUCUAUUUUAUCAGUAAAUUCUUCUCUAGAUUUCUUUUCUA